GACGUCAUGUAGGUGAGUGGCGUCAGACAGGAACCAGUGGAAGGGAGCUUGACAAAUCAAGAUGGCGUCCCACGCCGAAGCAGCAGAGAUAUUUCAGUGUAAAUAAAACUCAUUCGCAGAAUAGUUUACAUUUGAGUGCCACCUCGACAAUACGUCGUUUGGAUUUUGAAAAAACAAGACGGAGCAGAUACAGUCUCUAAAUGGCUGCGAGGAAGUCUGGAUCAGAUGUAUACAACAAUGGACCCAUCAGCUACCUUGAUGAAGUUCCCUUCAAGGUCAAUGACAAAUUCCGCUGCCCAGCCAAAGUGGGGCUGCCUGUUGGUUUCUGUCUCCCAGACUGUGGCUCCUUGCUGAUGGUCUCACAGUAUGACUUUUCUCUGGAGAAGCGUAGUGUGCGUUGGGGGGUUGAACUGGCUGAGGCCAGAGCAGCAGAAGCCAGAGCAGAAGAAGCAGCAGCCAAGCAGGAGGCAGAGAGCAGAGAGUGCUUGGCACAGGCCCAGGACAUUGAUGGUGAUGGAGGGAAGAAACGCCGGUCUGCUGCAGAGGACCAGGACCUUCUACCACCAGCGUUGAACCCCGUCCUGGCAGGGCUGAGCCAUAACGCCAUCCUCACUCCACUGCCUGCCCCAAGCCUUGGCCCCAGGAAAAUCCAGCCUAGCACUCCCCAGCUGCACAGCCUCAACCUAGCCGACUUUGAGCGGGAAGAGGACCCCUUUGACAAGCUGGAGCUCAAAACUUUGGACGAUAGGGAGGAGCUCAGGAACAUCCUCCAGAGCCAGCCCCAACCUCAACCUCAACCUCCUCCCUCUGUAUCCCUACCAGAGGUUUCCCAGAUAGGGCCAGUGUCACGUGGAAACAGCCCGUCUCCUCCCAGCACCAACACCAGCCUCACAGCCAAACCUGGCUAUACCCAUAAACCCAAUGGGUUGGUUGCCUUGCUGGACAUGGACAGAGUUGGACAACCUGGGAGAACGGGGUUUGACACAGAUGAUCGACCCUGUAACAUCCGCUCUCUCACUUUUCCCAAGCUCUGUGAUUCUGGUGACCCACUGCCAGUAAGGUACAGCCCGAUCCCUGCACCCAUCCCGGCUUCUCGACAGAACCUACCCAAUGGCAGCCCACCAACCAUUCCCAAGACCCAAGUUAUUGUUGCCCCUGAGCCAACUAGCCACACCAAGAGUGGCGCACCAAAACCGGCCAACCCAGGGUCAGGAACUGCUGGUCUGCCAUGUGGCGGAGCCCUGCUCAGCAUGACCCCCAGCGAGCGUCAGUGUGUGGAAACCCUUGUGGGCAUGGGCUACUCUUAUGAGGGUGUCCUACGGGCCAUGCAGAGACAAGGGCAGAACGUGGAGCAGGUACUGGACUACCUGUUUGUCCAUGGGCGUCUGUGUGAGCGGGGCUUCGAUGCAAGUGCGGUGGAGGAAUGUUUAGAGAUGUACCAAUGCUCAGAAGAAAAGGCCUUGCAGUUCCUUGAACUAAUGUCAAGAUUUGGCGAAAUGGGAUUUCAGCGGGAUGCCAUCAAAGAAGUGCUGCUAGUCCACAACAAUGAUCAGGACAAGGCUCUAGAGGACCUGAUGACUCGGGCUACAGCUAGCUGAGCCAAGCUAACCAGUCAACCAAAGCCCAGCCCAGGGUUGCUUCCCGCUACUACCCGACACAGCCCCUUUCCUUCUGCCUACCCUAUCACACCAUGCCCUGUCCUUGCCUUGGCUGUGGAAGGGACAGCUGGGCGACAGUUGUAUUUCUCUCUGUGCUAAAACAUAUUGUGUCUCAGCACAUUUUUUUAAAGACUGUGCCUAGAGUGGAGGGGGUCAAAGUGUAACAAUGCUUAAUGGUGGUGUUUUCUUUUCUAAGAAAUCCUGGGGUUAGGUACCAGGAUUUUGUACUGCAAGGGUAUUCAAGAAUGGGAAGAAUGACUGAGCUGGAAAGGAGAAACUGGAAGAAAUGGCUUGUGGUGUUUUGGAAGCUGCAGGACCUAAUGGAGAGCUGAUGACAGGCUUUGAGUACAUCACAGAAAGACCAGUUUGAACUCUUGAUACUCCCAAAUGACUAUUUAGCUGCCAUCUUCCACUGCUCUGUGCAGACCUAUUAAAUGGUGGCGGGGCUUGAGGAGGCUCUCUUCAAACUGAAACAACUAACAUUAAAAUUCAAAAAAAAAAAAAAAAAAAGGCUUAGUCGCCAGACAGACAGCUGAGAAGUGCCCUCUCUGCUCUGGUUCCCUGCACCUACAGUAGUUCUGUUCUAUUUUAUUCUUUCAUUCAUUCAUGUCUGUUCUGUUCAUUUGGGCACUUUUUCCAUGUCAUUUUAAAGAUUCAAUUUAUUUGAUUUCUUUUUUAGGAACUGCAUAAUAGAUCCUUAGUCACUAUAACUCAGAACAUAAGAGAUAUUACUGCCUCAGUACGCUCUUUGACCUGCACUGGAAUGGCUUAUUAGAGGAGUGGGGCUAAAUGGGGAAAGUUCCUCUGUAGGAAAUAAUAAGAAAUCUCCCAUAAUCCACUGGCACUGAUGUCAUUAGCUGCACACACGUUUCAUUAUUGUCAACUUAUUUAAAAUAGUACACUGAUACUUUCAUUUAAAAAAAAAAAAAUAAGAGUUUGAUAUGAUAAUGUUCGAUAUGUUAACUCACAAAAGUGACACUUUUAACUGUCAUGGACUUCUGUUUGCAGACUGGAAAUGAGUGAGUGGUUAAAAAAUAAGUGAGGGUUGUUUUUGCAGCCACAUUACAGUGCAAUAGAGACAUUUUAUAUUGUGCGUCUGUUGACUGGCACGUUGAGCCUCAAGUAAUUGUCUGGGAUAAGGAAUGGUCUUCAGACCUUGCUAUAAAUUUGGAUGUAACUAGAAAAGGUUUCAUUCAUUUCAUUGAUCUUAAUCAUUUAUUCUCUGUAAUUGGAUUUCAUGCCACAAAAUCUAAACAAACAUGACUUUGGUUUAUUGACUUGUCCAAUGUCUUUGCUCAUAUGUAAUAUAAAAAAAAAAGUUUCAUGUGGAUUUUAGGUUUUAGGUCUUAAAUGGAAAAUUCACAAAAAGGUUCAGUCACCACAUGUCAAAAGCAUUUUCCCAAAUGUGAAUUGGUGUAAUUGUUUAAAAGAAGGCCAGGAUCUUUUAUUUGUAUAGUAUGUGUCUGAGUUCCAUACUACAUAUCUUUUUUUUAAAGCAUGUCUGCUCAGUUACCAAAGGCAAACAUAGCAGAAGUCUCCAUAAUAUUGAGCUCUGUGGUACUGAUGAGGAUUGUGAAAGGCAUAAAUUUAGCAAAAUGUGUUUUGGAGAACUGGCACUUUGCUUUUGGGCAGGUCCAGUACUUUGUCCUAUGUUUUAGAAUUGCAAAAAUACAUACUCUAACCACCAGUCUAUUUAAGAACAACCCCUGGUUGGCAUAUCUAUUUAUAGUGCGGUUUAUUUCCGAUACAAAACAUCAUUUUACUUGUUUAAUAGGCUAUAUUCGCUACCAAGUGUCUGCAGGAUAGUAUACAGUACCACUCAAACCAGAGGAAUGAGCACAUGCUCGCAGUAAAUAAACCUGCCCAAAAACAACAAACAUCCCAGUGUUUGUUCAAGUGACAUACAUCAUCGUGGAUCUGUCCUUCAAUCCAUUUUUGCUAUUUUUUGGGUAGGACAGUGCCUGGUGCAGGCAAACAACAUGACACAGGCAAGGUGUCAUGAUCGACCUAGUAUCUUUAUUCAAGCCAGAGUUUUGUCUGAUAUGUGGUUGACAUGACCAACAAACAAGUGUUUUCACCCAGUUCUGUUUUUAACUGCCUUCCUUUUUGUUUGACUGAUAAAAAAGAAAGGUUCACUUACUUUACAGACAAAAAAAAUCAUUAUUGUUGUCUUACAUAAAUCAAGUGUGGUUUCCUUAAUCAUACAUAAAGCAAGUUUAUUUCCAUGUCCAUUUAUGUAUGCCUCUCCUCUGACAGCCACUAAAGUUGGAGUGAAUGCAGCAUAGAAAUAAAAAUGUUAUUUCUAUGAAAUGCAGUAUUGCAGAUUCUGGACCUCCUCCAACAAUGCCUCCCAUUUCUGUUAUGAUCUCCUAGUUGUGUGGAGAUGAAAUACAACUAGGUUCAGAUCCACCUCUAAGUUACAGCAUAUUUCAGUAUGGGGUGCAAAUGACUCUAAUGAACAUUUAACUAUCUUAAUAGGUGGCUGAGUUGAAUGUUCUUUCCCAAGCUCCUGAAAUGUGAUUUGCAAAAUGUUCAAUUUCCUUUUGAAUUAUUUGAAAAAAUCCUCUUGAUUAAAUGUGCACAUCUUUUCAGUG